AUGGAGUGCCACAUCUGCCAUCGGGACCAUGAUGCCCAAAAGCUACCAUUUCUCUGCGCGGUCGAUGCUCGCAAUAGCUUGUAUGAGCUUCGCGUAAAUGGUUUGCAAGCUCUUUUGGAGAACGAAAGUCUCCAGGGGCAGGUCAAUGAAUUCCAUGCCGGCUCAAGUAAGAACAGCCUUAGCGACAUCGAGCAGUCAAAGGCAAUGCAGCGCCUAGAAGAGGAUCGGACAGAUCACAUCCUCGCUUCAGCCAACAAAUUAAAGGAAGAGAUACAGGCAGCCAGAGAAGAAAUUCGAACGCGAAAGGCGGCGUUGGCUCGCAGAAGGUCCGACUUGGCAUCCGUUUCAAACGGGUUGGCCGAACGUCGAGUAAUGCAGCAACAAGAGUUGGAUAAAUCGACCAAAGUGGCCAGGUUUCGAUGGGCUCAGAGAGCUGAAGCCACUGCCAACACUCGGGCGUUUCUUUGUACUCAAGCCAUCAGACUAUACGGACUCAAGAGAACGAAGAAGGCGGGGUCUAGUCGAUACGAGUACCAGCUUGGCAGAGUGCCUGUCAUUGAUUUGGCUUCUAUGGAUUCCUACGCUCCAGAGGUUAUAUCCACCUCUCUUGCUCAUGUAGCUCAUAUUUUGAUGCUUGUGUGUCACUAUCUCUCUAUUAGGCUGCCGGCUGAGAUAACGCUCCCACACCGAGAUUACCCUCGGCCGACCAUUUUUAAUCUCAACAAUUCAUAUCAGCACUCUCACGUCUCAUUCCCCAGUUUCUCGGGGACAUCUUUACAACCUCACUCUCGGGAAACGGACUCUCAACGGGUUCCGAGACCAAGGCCACUGUUUGUCGACAAGUCGUUGACACAGCUCCUAAAGGAGGAUCCGUCAACUUAUUCUUUUUUUCUUGAAGGCGUUACUCUCUUAGCGUACAACAUAGCUUGGCUAUGUUACUGCCAAGGUGUGUCUGUGGGUGAUUCGAGCAACUUUGACGACAUUUGCAACAUGGGACGUAAUCUAUACAGCUUCCUUAUGAGUGCCCAGGCGCAUGAUUUUAAUCCUAUUAAUGUAAAGGUCCCGGGCUGGGGGCCGAAUGGCGAGGAAGUGGAAGAAGAAAGCCAGGGAAACUGGCUCGGUCGAUAUUCCCAUGGUGGGACAUUUUACUUUCUAGGUAGUUAUGAGGGCACCGAUUUGGUUCGAAGCUUCAAGCUGCCAAGUCCGAUGAAGCUGGCAGAUAAACUAAAGAAGAAGCUUAUUGGGGACGCGCCAGCUCCAGACUGGGAAGUUCUAGAUGAUGAUGCCUGGAAAGUGGAAGACUUGCCUGGGACUGGCGCCAGUGCUACAAAUGCUCGAAAUGUUACGGAUAAGUCUACCGACGCAAAGUCGACUCCUCGCUCUGGAACGAAUGGCUGGACCAAGGUUAAGCAUAGGUAA